CCGGCCGUAUCCCUGGUAGGGUGAACGGCGACUGAAACCGCUGGCGGCAUGCGGGGCCCGGGAGUAGUUUCGGGGCUCUCGGAUGAGCCAGCAUUGUUAGGGCAGGAGGCCGGCGCGGACACGGAGGCGGCGGAGCUCCUGCCCUUCCUGGCGCCCGGCGCGCGGGCAGACCUGCAGGCGGCCGCGGCGCAGCACGUGUUGGCUCUGACUGGCUCGGGCUCGGGUCGUACGCUACUGGCAGGACAGGCAGCGCUGCUGCGGGCUCUAGCCGGGCUUGCGGUGGCCCCCGCCCCGGCUCCUUCCCGCGACGCCUCCCGCGCGCUCGUGAACUUGGCUGCUGACCCCGACCUGCACCGGCAGCUGCUGGCGGCGGACCCGGAGCUGCCUGCCCGCCUGCUGAGCUGCGUGUUGGACCCACAGUGGCCCUGGGCCGAAGAGGCGGCCGCAGUACUGGCCAAUCUGACCCGCGAGCUGGCGCCGUGUGCUGCGUUGAUGGAGAAGCUGAUGGCUGCUGAGCCGGAGCGGCCGGGUCUGGAGCAGCUGGUCAACGCGCUGUGCCUGCCCAGCUACAACGCCGCCGCGCCUCUGCAUUACCUGGGGCCGCUGCUCUCCAACCUUAGCCAGCAGGCGGAGGUGCGUGCUUUUCUCCUGGACCCGGACAGGUGCGUGGUCCAACGGCUGCUGCCUCUCACCCAGUACACAGACUCCUCAGUGCGGAGGGGAGGAGUGGUGGGAACACUUCGGAAUUGCUGUUUCGAGCAUCGACACCACACGUGGUUGCUCGGGCCCCAAGUCGACAUUCUUCCCUUCUUGCUACUGCCGUUGGCUGGGCCUGAGGAGUUUUCCGAGGAAGAAAUGGACAGGCUGCCUGUUGACCUGCAGUACUUGUCACCAGACAAGCAGCGAGAGCCGGAUGCUGACAUCCGAAAGAUGCUCAUCGAAGCCAUCAUGCUGCUGACAGCCACUGCCCCUGGGCGCCAGCAGAUACGGGACCAGGGAGCUUACUUGGUCCUUCGAGAGCUAUACAACUGGGAGCCGGAGGCUGAUGUGCGAAUGGCGUGUGAGAAGCUUAUCCAGGUGCUUAUUGGUGAUGAGCCAGAGGCUGGCAUGGAGAACCUGCUGGAGGUGCAGGUGCCUGAAGAUGUGGAGCAACAGCUGCAGCAGCUAGACCAGCAAGAACAGCUAGAGCUUGCUCAAGAGCUAAGAGGCAAGGGUACGCGAGGGACCUGAAGCUCCUUGGGACUAAGCGCCAGCUCCAGAUCUACCUUUGCCAGUGUUCCCACGGGGUUCUCAAGUAAAUGCUCAGUAAAUGUUGAGAAGCCCAAGGACACUGCCCAGUCCUGUGCCCCGUGGCGACCCGCAAGGAUGCAAGUUCUUCAGUGCUGCACUGUUGAGCCGGAGCUGGCCAGGUCCCGUGCCAUGGCUGCCUACAUAUGAGGCAGGAGGCCGGCGACCACUGGAGCGAUGAGGAGCCUGUUCCUAGACCGCGGAAGGGCUGGACUGAAAACCCCGCACGCCCUGGUCAGCCAGCAAGAGCGUUUCACUCCUGAAGGAUCUGGGUUGGUUUAGAGGAACAAAGAGUGUUGUGAGCCCCAACCUUUGGAGUCCUUCUGCCUUCCUUGCCCAAGACCUCCUUGAACCACAGACCACACUUGCAUCCUAGGGUCUUUCUAGGAUGCUCUGCCCUUCUAGGCCUGUCUUUGGAUCACUUACUGGGUACGGUUUCCCUUUGGCUAUCAGUUUCUCUGCUCCGCCUGUGAUACUGGCCCCUGCCUUUAUUUUUGGUUAGCCAUCUUAGUCCCAUGUUGAAUUGGUCUUAGCCAUUUAGACAGAACCUGCUUCUCAGUUAGCUUCCUUGAGUCUCAGUUGCCUUUCGUGACAUCCAGACCCUCCUACUGGGCACACCUUGCCCACCUCUGCAGAGAUUCACCUGGGUGUUCCUGCAGCAUUUAUCCCUACACAAUCCUACCCCCAACUUUCGGAGCCUACUCCGUCUAUGCAGUGCUUCUUCCUCAUUCUAUAGACACCAUGGCAAGUCUUGCCCCAUGUGUCCCCUUGUCUGAGCCACAGAUCUUGAUCUACCUGUGUGAAGCUUUUGUAUGCUGUUCCCUCUCCUCAGCAGUGGGUCCUCCCAGGUACCUGGGGCCUAUAGUCUUCAUGAGAGUUUGUGGUAUCUAAUCCAUACCUCUGAAGCUGGAAAACUGUUUUGUUAUGUGUUGUUCUGCCAUGGCUUAGUGUUUCAUUGGGUACCAUGCCUUCCCUCCACGAUGCCCUCUGGGCCUCUGUUAAAGCUUUGAUACUCUAGGUA